AUGUCCCUUCCGCGUCUCAUCCCACUUGGAGCGUCUACUUGGGCUCGACAACGUACACACCGAACGUCUGCGCGCAAAUGCGCCGCCGCCGGCCCAUCAUACUCCUCCAAGUUGCGCUCGUCGCCUCCGCCCGAGAUCAAGCCCUUCUCGUAUCCUCGCUGCUGCUCGGCGCCUUGUCGCUCCUUCCGAGAUGCUGUGGAGGAUGGUAUACGCCCUGAUACUCAACUCUACUCGGCCUCGAAGGAGUGCUGCUACUUGGCUCGUCCGAUUGAUGGCCAAGCGUCGACGACUUACGCCGAGAUCUGUGUGGCGCGCGCGGGCUCUCCGGGAGUCUUGCUUUUAAUUCUACGGUCGAGAGCAGGGGUCACUCAACGUCCCGGCCUGCGGGUGUUUGGACUGGUCUCAUCCGGAUGA